AUGUCUCACUCGGGUGCUCAGGGCAGCAUUGGCAGCCACUCUGCUAUUGGUCUACGCAAUCAAAAGGUAUGUCAAUAGAUCUUGAUUUGUAAUUUCUCCUAACACUCAACAGAAUUAAUUGUCGCUCAAAAAUAUUUAACUUGUGGUGUUUUCUUACCUUCAGAUACACCUUUUUGAAUUUGAGAACUUCCAAGGCCGCAGGGUGGACCUGUUUGGCGAGUGUCGUAACCUGUCUGAGAAGGGUCUCGAAAAAAUUGGCUCCAUCAGGGUAGAAAGUGGACCGUAAGUCACUAAAGAUGACGUCAAAACAUACCGCCACACUUUGUGUUAUCAAACAGGGUUUGAGCACCACUGGGUCUGUGUGUUUAUCCAGAUGGGUGGGUUACGAGCAGCAGAAUAUGAACGGUGAGAUGUUCAUCCUUGAGAAGGGAGAGUAUCCUCGCUGGGACACCUGGUCCAACAGCUACAGGUGUGACCGCAUGAUGUCAGUCAGGCCUGUCCGCAUGGUGAGUGAGAAGGGUUUUGGAUGUCUGCUUUGGUUGCAAGCACUGGAUUUCUGAUCACUGCUGUUUGUCUCUCUUUUUAGAGUCCAUUCAUCUUUUUUAAAAAGGAGAGUGCUUUUUAUGGUAGCAGUAGUUUAUUUAUAGACUUAUUCCACAGGCAGUAUUUUUGGAUUAAAGCUGCUAUUAGCUGACAUGCCACUCUUGACUGUUUUGGUACUAUAAACAGAACGGAGUGGGCGAAUCGUUGCAAAACUUAUACAUGACCUUUUAAUGUCUUCAGAGCUCUAAAAUAAAAUCACAAUGGUUGAAUUUUUUUUCUUUUUGGACAUGACAGGAUCCCCAGGACCACAAGAUCUGCUUGUUUGAGUUUCCAAACUUUGAGGGUCGUAAGAUGGAAGUGUUUGAUGAGGAUAUUCCCAGUUUGUGGUCUUACGGCUUCCAGGAUCGUGUUGCCAGUCUUCAGGUCACCGGUGGGACGUAAGUCAUUACAAGUUUUUUUUUUUUUCCCGUCAAACUAUUAGUCUUUGAGGCCUAAAGGUCAAAGGUCAAAAUGACUUAUUUCAGCUCCAUUCAAAUGCCAACAAUGGUAUAGUAAGCGUAGAAGAGGAUUCAUGCAGGUUCAGUUGUUUACAUGAGUUUCUCUUCACUUAUCCACACAGCUGGGUGGGUUACCAGUACCCAGGCUACCGUGGCUUCCAGUUUGUGUUUGAAAUGGGCCCUUACAAGCAUUGGAAUGAGUGGGGAGCCCACCACCCUCAGAUACAGUCCAUCCGCCGGGUGAGGGACAUGCAGACGCAUCGCAGGGGUUGCUUCGAGAUGACUGCAUAG